AUGGAUAACAACUUUGAAUCCUCAAACGCUUCACAAGGAAGCCGACUACACUUGCAGCCGCAACCGCCGUUUAACUUACAAGACGUGGAUAAGAUCCAUUGUAGUCAAACAUCUCCAUGGCCUACCGAGAUGUUUUCAAGUUUUACUCCAUAUGAUGGCAUAGCCAAUCACUCCUUCUCCGUACAAUGUUCAUCUUCGAAACCCUAUCCUCUCUCCUUUCAUCCCUACCACUAUCAAUCUUCGGAUCCUCCAUCACUAGACCAACGACAAUCGAUGGUUCCUAUGCAACCUAUUCAAGAUCAGUAUUUGAAGCCAUUAUCUAAAAGAUCAUGCGUCAACGAUUUUGCCGCAACAAAUGCUUCAUCUGCCUCAUACUCGCUUUGUUUUGGAGCAAGUGAAGAUGAUCCACAAGAACUAUGCAGGAAGAAUUAUAGUAAUUCUAAUGUAAGAGAACUAAAUUUCUCAUUAUCACAUCAUCAAUCUAAGCAAACUCAUUCAAGAUAUUCUUCUCCAUCUUCCUUCUCAACCUGUGGAGGGUCCAUGGUUCGUAACUGUGGAACGGUUGUUGGGAACAAGACACGGAUAAGAUGGAAUCAAGAUCUUCAUGAGAAGUUCUUAGAAUGUGUAAACCUCCUUGGUGGUGCUGAUAAGGCAACACCCAAAGCGAUACUGAAGCUGAUGGAUUCUGAUGGACUCACAAUAUUUCAUGUUAAAAGCCACUUACAGAAAUAUAGGAUUGCGAAAUACAUCCCUGAUCCUCGAGAAGGCAAGUUUGAGAAGAGAUCUUGUUCCAAAGAGCUGUCUCAGCUGGACACGAAAACUGGAGUGCAAAUUAAAGAGGCACUCCAGCUUCAACUUGAUGUUCAGAGGCAUCUUCAUGAACAAAUAGAGAUUCAACGAAACCUACAAGUGAGGAUCGAAGAACAAGGGAAACAAUUGAAACUAAUGAUAGAACAACAGCAAAAAACAAAGGAGAGUCUUCUCAAGUCACCAAACUUCGAAGUAUCAUUGCCUCUCUCUGCUUCCGAUCACUCUCCUCCACCAUUCUCGUUACAAGACGCCGAAGUCAUGAUGCUACCAAGUUACGAAGACACUCAUUUCCAAUCAAAGAUAAGUUGA